AUUUUUAACAAGAAUGAAGACAUUUGGCUCCUCGUGGUUCUUCUGAUCGGGGAUCUGAAAAUGAGCCCAUCUGAGUUAUCAGAUGGUCAUCAUGUCCUCCUGGCUUCGUCCAUCAACAGAGGAACCCUUUGGACAUACUGAACCUUUAAUUGCAGACGUUCAGAAGGACAGCUAAACCUCUCGACAGAAAAUGGCAUCAGUAUUUUUGAGUUACAAUACAGAGGAGAUUUUAGAGUACAGGUGAGGCUCAGCCAGAGCCCACAUCAGCUAUUGGACUAUCAGCAGAUGACCUUUAGAGAAGACUUAAUGGUUUAGCAUCUGUCCCACCACCUUGCUGACAAGGUCGACUAUGGCUGCAGCGCCUUACAAAAAAGGUUCCUUAGUGGGGCAAGGAAAGGACUGACAGGUCAACAAUGCAGCGUAACGGUGGUGGAGUGGGUGUCGGAGGCCAGACGUGGGUGCUGCGCCGGGUGCGUCUCACGUGGCUCAGUUUCAUGCUCUUCUUCAUCCUGGUCUUCUUCCCACUCAUUGCUCAUUACUACCUCACCACCAUCGAUGAAGCAGGAGGACCCGACAAGCGCAUCUUCGGGCCGCGCCCCGGUGGCGAGCUAUGCGAAGCCAAACACGUGCAGGACCUAUGCCGCAUCCGGGAGUCGGUCAGCGAGGAGCUGCUGCAGCUGGAGGCCAAAAGACAGGAGCUUAACGGGGAGAUCGCCAGGCUCAACCUACGCAUCGAGGCCUGCAAGCGCAGCAUUGACAGUGCCAAGCAGGAUCUGCUGCAGCUGAAAAAUGUAAUUAGCCAGACUGAACAUUCCUAUAAAGAACUAAUGGCCCAGAACCAGCCCAAGCUGUCUUUGCCUGUUCGACUGCUACCAGACAAAGAGGACCCAGGAUUACCGCCACCAAAGUCUGCGCGUUCCUGUCGUCUGAGGUCAUGCUUCGACUACGCACGCUGUCCUCUUACAUCUGGAUUCCCUGUCUAUGUCUACGACACAACUACUUAUCCAUGGGGCAUUUAUCUCGACCCCCUGGUAAAGCAGGCUUUUGCAGCAUCUGUCAAAAGCAAUAUUUAUGUAACUGAUAACCCAAGUAUCGCCUGUUUAUAUGUGGUACUGAUAGGAGAAAUUAUAGAAUCUUCUCCUUUGCCAUCUCCUCUAGAGCUGGAGAAGCAGCUGAAAGCUCUUCCCUACUGGAGGUCUGAUGGACACAAUCACCUCCUGGUGCAUUUCUCCAGGAAGUCCAUGACACAGAACUUCCUGUAUAAUGUCAGCACAGGAAGAGCAGCGGUCGCCCAGUCAAGCUUUCUAGAGCAGCAGUACCGUGAGGGCUUCGACCUGGUUGUCUCCCCACUGGUUCAUGCUCUCUCAGAACCCAACUUUUUGGAAGUUCCACCACAGGUUCCUAUAAAGAGAAAGUACCUUUUCACCUUCCAGGGUGAAAGGGUAGAGUCUUUAAGGAGCAGCCUGCAGGAGGCCCCCCCACAGUCAUUUGAGGAGGAGCUGGAGGGAGAUCCUCCAGCCGACUUUGAUGAUCGUAUAAUUGGCACUUUAAAGGCGGUGCAGGAUAGCCGCCUUGACCAGGUGCUGGUGGAAUUUACCUGCAAGAACCCAAAGCCAAGUUUGCCGACAGAAUGGGCUCUUUGUGGGGAAAGGGAGGACAGACUGGAGGUGCUCAAGGCUUCUACUUUUGCCCUGGUGAUCGCUCCAGGGGACGGACAGCUGGUCGCCUCAGCAGGCUGCGGCAUGAGGCUGUUUGAAGCACUGGAAGUAGGAGCCAUCCCUGUUGUGUUGGGGGAUCACUCUAAACUACCUUACCACCAAUUUAUCCGCUGGACUGAAGCUGCCAUUAUAGUACCUAAGCCACGUGUCACAGAGCUCCAUUUCCUUUUGCGCAGCUUAUCGGACAAUGACAUGCUCGCCAUGAGGCGCCAAGGUCGCUUUCUGUGGGAGACCUACUUCUCAACCUCAGAGAACGUUCUCAACACCAUCCUUGCAAGUGUUAGAACCCGCAUUCAGGUUCCCGCUGCUCCGAUCAAAGACGAGGUCGCACAGGAGAUUCCCCACAAAGCUGGGAAGCUGGCAGGAACAGAUGCCAACCUGGCCGAUAAUGGGGAUCUGGAUCUGGGUCCUGUGGAAACAGAGCCUCCCUAUGCCUCUCCUCGCUUCCUUCGCAACUUCACAUACACGGCUGCAGACACGUACAGAGCUUGGAACAGGGCCCCGGGGCCCUUCCAUUUGUUUCCUCACACCCCUCUGGACCCUGUGUUGCCCUCUGAAGCCAAAUUCCUUGGCUCUGGAACUGGUUUCAGGCCUAUUGGUGGGGGCUCUGGGGGCUCUGGGAAAGAAUUCCAAGCUGCUCUGGGAGGGAAUGUCCCUCGAGAGCAGUUCACAGUGGUCAUGCUGACGUAUGAGAGGGAGGAGGUGCUGAUGAACUCUCUGGAGCGGCUGAACGGGCUGCCAUAUCUUAACAAGGUAGUGGUGGUGUGGAAUUCCCCAAAGCCUCCCUCAGAUGACCUUCUGUGGCCAGACAUUGGCCUGCCUAUUGUGGUUGUCCGCACAGAGAAGAACAGCCUCAACAAUCGCUUUCUUCCCUGGGAUGUCGUGGAAACUGAGGCCAUCCUCUCCAUUGAUGAUGAUGCUCAUCUUCGGCACGAUGAAAUCAUGUUUGGCUUCAGAGUGUGGCGUGAGGCCAGAGAUCGCAUUGUCGGUUUCCCUGGGAGGUACCAUGCGUGGGACGUCAACCAUCAGUCCUGGCUCUACAACUCCAACUACUCCUGUGAGCUCUCCAUGGUCCUGACAGGAGCUGCUUUCUUCCAUAAGUACUACGCCUACCUGUACUCUUACGUGAUGCCCCAGGCCAUCAGGGACAUGGUGGACGAAUACAUAAACUGCGAGGACAUUGCCAUGAACUUUCUGGUGUCUCACAUAACCCGCAAACCACCCAUCAAGGUAACCUCUCGGUGGACCUUCCGCUGCCCCGGCUGUCCUCAGGCCCUCUCACAUGACGACUCGCACUUCCACGAGCGCCACAAAUGCAUCAACUUCUUUGUCAAGGUGUACGGUUAUAUGCCGCUGCUAUAUACGCAGUUCAGAGUGGAUUCUGUGCUGUUUAAGACUCGUUUGCCCCAUGAUAAGACAAAGUGCUUCAAAUUCAUCUAGUGUGGGGUCGAUCGUCUUACAGAGAGCCUGAAACAGUGGAUGAAAUGACUGAAACUUCCACCAGAAGUAGUGAGGAAGACUGACGGUCGGACUGCAGGAUUAACAAGCAGGAGGGAUCAGAUGUUGAGUUGGAUCGAACGUUUAACAGCUGCGGAUUCAGAGAGCGGAAGAUAAAAGAAACUACUGCCGAGAAAUGAAGCUUUUUCAUUGGACAAUUUUCUUUUUUUUUUUUACAUGCCUUUCCAAUCAUGUUCCAUCAUCAACCACUAGUUACAGAAACUGUUUGCACCUCUUAACUGCCUGCUAAAAAAAAAAGGAGGCAGUCUUAAAGUGUACAGAAACACAUAAUGGAUUAAACUGGGAGCGUUUUAGGUAAAAAAGAAAAAAAAAAACCUUUAAACUCGAGCACUGAUGGUCAGACGUAUUUUAUCAGACUUUCUUUUUUUUUUAAAGGAUGUCAUUUAAAUGUGUAAAUAUACGUCUUGUGGACAUUUUUCCAAACCUCCCCGCCUUUGGGGAAAUCAAAAGUACAACCGCUGAGUCCAGUCCUGUCUAGACAGCAGUACGUCCUCCAGAGGGAAUUUAGCAGUCACCGCAAUGCCUGAGAACUGUCAGUAAAACCAGCCAACACAUUUUCGGGUUCAAGUCAUCUUUAAAAGGAGUAAUAUUAACCAAACACCUGCAGAUUAUAAAUAUACCUAAAGAAGCACUGCAGCCUAAAUCAAGCUUGAAUCCAGUUUGAGGAGUUAAUAAACACAGAUCAUAAAACUCUCAAUAAUGACAAAAAAUAUAAAAAAAUGUUUUUUUAAGCACAAGUUUUAGAUUAUUUUUAAAUUCCUGAUCAUCCAUACCUCAUACAUACAUGCUGAAAAUAUACUUUACCCUCAGUAAUUUAUUUUUAAAGCUAUGAACGCCUUUUAUUAGGCUUUUUCAAGCCCUCAUUUUGCUGCCAUCAGAACAAUUCUGACUAUAUCUGAACCCUGACCACCAUAGAAUUGGUUGAGAAAAUUAGUCGGCUUCCUUUGUAAAACAUUUUAAAGUCCAAAAAUUUUAAUAGAUCUGAUGUCUGUUUUAUUUAUUCACAUACCAGUUCUAUGUUUGUUUUUUUAGUGGACCGUACAGCUUUGUCCAAGUAAUAUCUAUAUAGCUAAUUGUUUGAGUUAAAUUACGCAAAUUUGCUGACAGUCAAUAAUUAUUUGGGUCACUUUUUAAAGUACAACAGAACAACCUGAAGGGAUAUAGGUUCCAGUUAUCGUGCCACAAUAAAUGUUCCUGUCUGUAUCCUAAUACAUUUCCUAUUAUUGUUUAUGUCUUGAGGAUGAAACCUUAGAGAAUUUGACUCAUUCAUGUCAGCAGAUUUAUAUUUAACAUUGACUGAUUUCAGUCCGUGUUGAUGUUAAACUCAGUCAGUUGCUGACACUGAGGCUGAUAUUCCAGCAUCU